AUGUUGAAACUAGUGGUUUUAUCUGUCGCGGUUGCCUUAGUAGCAGCCGAGCCUAGUGUCAUCGCUCCUCUGUGGGGUGGACACUUAGCCGCUCCACUGGUUGCUGGUCCCCUGGCCGCUGGGCUUGUUGCUCCAGUUGUGCCCCUCUCGCUCCUGUACCCAUCGGCGCCUCUCGACACUCUUGAUGUCAACGUAGACCGUGCUGUUCACUACACCGCGAAGGCUUUGAAUGGUGUUCAUUUCCUGAAGAAGAGGUCACUUGUGGCUCCUUGGGGUGCGCCGGUUGGUCUACCUCUUGCCGCCCGUGUUGCUGCUCCUGCCCCUAUCGCCGUUGCCGCCGCCGCACCAGUUGCUGCCUUGGGUUGGGGUCAUGGUGUCCGUCUGGGACACAUUUGG